GGGGGUGUCUGGGAGCCUGGAAGCUCGCUCCUCCUCAGGCCCAGUCUGGGGGCUCCGAGGGGCCGAGGAGAGGGAGGUGAUGGCGAGCCAAGGCUGGGGGUGGGAGGGAGCCCGGAAAAGCGGGAGGCGCAGCUUCAGCUGAGAUGAGGGGUCCCCGCGCCCCCUCGGGCCUUCCCCGGCCCGUGGGUGGGGUGGCUGGGAGGAGCCCAGGAUGCUGAGCCGCCAGGAAUCUUCAGUUGGACAAAAGCUUAUCAGGCCCCUCGGAAGGGCCAGCUCCAGGGUUGUCUUCUAGGGAGGCAGAUGAGAUAGGAAGAGACCCCAGAAGUCAUCUAGGCCAACCCCAUUUGACAGAUGAAGAAACUGAGAGUUCACAGAGCUUGGGCCCAGGGCAGGCGGGAAAAAGCCAGGAUGCCGUCCGUGAUGGAGAAGCCCAGCUCGGGCUCUGGGAUCCUGUCCCGGAGCCGGGCCAAGACGGCGCCCAACGGAGGCCAGCCCCACUCGGAGGAUGACAGCAGCGAGGAGGAGCACUCCCACGACAGCAUGAUCCGAGUGGGCACGAAUUAUCAAGCCGUGAUCCCGGAAUGCAAGCCCGAGAGCCCGGCCCGCUACAGCAACAAGGAGCUCAAGGGGAUGCUGGUGUGGUCCCCCAACCACUGUGUGUCCGAUGCCAAGUUGGACAAGUACAUCGCCAUGGCCAAGGAGAAGCACGGCUACAACAUCGAGCAGGCCCUGGGCAUGCUGCUGUGGCACAAGCACGACGUGGAGAAGUCUCUGGCCGACCUGGCCAACUUCACCCCUUUCCCGGACGAGUGGACGGUCGAGGACAAGGUGCUGUUCGAGCAGGCUUUCGGCUUCCACGGGAAGUGCUUCCAGCGGAUCCAGCAGAUGCUGCCGGACAAGCUCAUCCCGAGCCUGGUGAAGUACUACUAUUCCUGGAAGAAGACGCGCACCCGCACCAGCGUCAUGGACCGCCAGGCCCGCAGGCUGGGGGGCCGGAAGGACAAGGACGAGAGCAGCGAUGAGUUGGAGGAGGGAAGAGGAGCCGCUAGUGAGGGAGAACCAGAUGCUGGGGACCCCAAGAGAGAGCCGCCCCCGACUCGACCCCUGAACGCCCGGCCUGGCCCGGGGAAGAAGGAGGCCCAGCUCUCGCAGUACCGCCACCACCCGCUGCGGACCCGGCGCCGCCCCCCCAAGGGCAUGUACCUGAGCCCCGAGGGCAUCACGGCCGUGUCGGGCAGCCCCGACCUCGCCAGCCUCACCCUCCGAGGCCUCGACGCGCAGCUCAUCUCCCUCAAGCGCCAGGUACAAAGUAUGAAGCAGACCAACAGCAGCCUGCGCCAAGCCCUAGAGGGCGGCAUCGAUCCACUCCGUCCCCCUGAGGCCAACACCAAGUUCAACUCCCGAUGGACCACGGACGAGCAGCUUCUGGCCGUGCAAGCCAUCCGCAGAUACGGGAAGGACUUUGGGGCCAUCGCUGAGGUGAUCGGGAACAAGACGCUAACCCAGGUGAAGACCUUCUUUGUGAGUUAUCGCAGGCGCUUCAACCUGGAGGAGGUGCUCCAGGAGUGGGAGGCUGAGCAGGACGGGGCCGCCGGGGCCCCGGCUCCCCCAGAGGAGGCCCGAAAAGGAGCCCCGGGCCCGGCCGCUGCCGCCACAGCCACCACCGCCACCACCGAGGAGGAGGAAGAGGUGCAGAUCACGGCAGUGUCUCGCUCUGUGCCCCCGGUGCAGCCGACUCCCCCUCCUCCCACCUCCCUGUCCCAGCCACCCCCGCUGCUGCGCCCCCCCCUGCCUACGGCCCCCACCCUCCUCCGCCAGCCCCCUCCCCUACAGCAGGGCCGAUUCCUCCAGCCCAGGCUGGCUCCCAACCAGCCGCCACCCCCCCUCAUCCGCCCUGCCCUUGCGGCCUCCAGACACAGUGCCAGGAGUGGACCUCAGCCCCCCCCUGCUUUGCUGGGGGGCCCCUCCGAGCCCCUCCCCCCUUCACUCUGAGCCCCUGCUCCCACCCCCACCCUGGGCACCACCUGCUUCAGCGAGGACAGAUGGACGGGCACUUCGGCCGGCGUCGGGACGGGUCCUGAGCAGGGCCCUGGGCUGGUGCCCGCUUCCCGGGGCUGCCUGUGGCCGGACUGCUUGUCUGGCAUCUGCCCCCUCCCUGGUAGUGGCUGUUAGUGACCGUAGUGUAGAGCUGAGCGAGGGGCCCGGCGGCUCCUGCCUGUGGGGUGGGGGUUGGGGUGGGCGCCGAGGGAGGGAGGGAGGGAGGGAGGCCCCCCGGGCUCCCGACCCUGGGCCUGGGGCAGGCGUGUGUGUGCGCGGAUGGAGGAUGGACGCGUGUGUGGACGAGGCUGCAAGAGGAGAGCCACCUGAAUUUAUUUUUUGUCGUUUUUAAAAUAAAACUUUUUCAAAGCUC